UGCGUUUUGUAUCAAUUUUCAGCUAUUCUAAUACUGCGAUUAAAGAGAAUUUUGUUUUAGAUGAUACCAGUAUUUUCUCGUAAAUUGUAAAUAGAAUGGGGACAGAAGUAGCUAUAUCUUUUAGUUCUUUACGAGCACAACUAGAGAACGAGAAGAGUAACCUCUUUAAACUAGAUGAAAACAUUAAAAAGAUUGUUCAAACCACAGGACGCUUUGCGAAUGAUAGAUUUAACUCAGGAGACUAUCCUAGAGGUGGAAAUCGUAUCGGAAACAGAAAUUCUUAUACAGAAAGCGGUAACAACUUCAAACCUGAUGAGCAAUUUGGAAAACGUAAACAGGAGACAAAAACUGUAUUUAGCAGAAUAUCAGCAAGAGCUGACAAUAGUGAUGGUGAGGAUGACUUACCAACAAACAAAAGAGUUCGGGUGUCAUCAGCAGUGUGUAGAGAACUACCAACAAGAGCAGCAAUCCUUAAAGCACAGGGUGAUGAUGAACAGGCACGCACACGGAAUAGAAGAAUUUUUGGUUCCUUACUUGGUACAUUACAGAAAUUUAAACAGGAAGAAAUUGAAUUGCAGACUAAGGAAGAUAAGAAAGCACAAGUUGAAAGGAAAAUAGAAGAGCAAGCAAGAUUACAAAAGGAAAAAGAAUUUAGAGAGAGAAAAGUAAUGUUUGCAGAAAGAGAACAGAAGAAAGCCACAAUAAAAGCAUUAGAAGCAAAGAUGGGUCGAGUACAAGAAUUUGAGAUCUGGGAGACAACCCAGAAGAACCUUAGGAAUUUUAUAUUGACUAAAGCAAAGCCGCAUGUAUACUGGAUGCCGAAGAAGUUGAAUGAUAAAGCGAAAGAAAAGUUGGACUUGAGUCAGAUGUACCAUGAUAAAUGUGUUAUAAAGAAACGCGAAGAACUUCAAGAUGAAUUAUCUCGUAUAGAACAACGCUGCACUAAACGUUUCCACCAACAAGGGCCGGAACAGAAUGGACAGCAAGUUAAGGAGGAAAAACCAGAUAAAAAGACGAGAGACAAGUUUGCAGCUGACACUGAAAGAGAUGACAGUGAUGCUGAUGGACCGGAUGAGGAUACUCACGAAGACACCACUAUGACACAUUCAAAUCAAGAAGAGACGAUAAAACAAGAAAAUACACCAGAAAUUGUUGAACCACAAGAUAGAAAUAUAAAAGAUGAUGAAGGUAAAAUAAUUGAAAAACCAUCAGAGGUGAAUGACAAUCCUAAAAACGACGAAGUUUCCACCGAAACAACAGAAGAAGUUAUUAAUCAAUCUUAGUAGACUUUACAUCGACAUGACUGGUAAUAUUAUCAACAGAGUAGGAACUUGAAGAACACAAGUUCUGUGAUAAAGGUCUACUUUUAUCACGGUAUUUCCAGAUUUUUCUUACAAGCGUACAGCAGCUUAUGGAAAGUCAUUUUGAAGGUACAUACACUGGGUAAUAUCCAGCGAACAUUAGUCGGUCAUGUCGAGGCGUAAUAUAGGAAUAAAUCUGCAAAGUUGAUAAAUUUUACAAAUAGACAAGAGAAAAUAUUAAAAGUUUAUUCGUAUUAAAA